CGAUAGAUACUCACUGUGCUUUCUCUUUCCAAGUCCCAAAAAGUCAAGAAAAUCAAAGCAUCAAUCUUGGCUUAACUUCAUCAAAGCACAAACCAGUCUUCUUCAUCUCGUUCAUACAUACUCUCUCCUACCCCGCCAAUCUCGCACCCCCUACCCAUACCACCGGCCACCCCCACUACCAUGCAAUCACCAUAGCUUUCCUUAUGUACAAAGAACCAACAUUUUCUCUCUCUCUUCCCUAUUACACCAUGACUCCUUUCCCUUUCUUCUUCAUCAUCAUCUUCUUUUGCUUCUUCCCUUCUUCCUCUUCUCUUCACUAUCCUUACAAUUAUUCUUUGCAUAUUGAUUGUGGGGGUCUCUCAAAUUCUACUGAUAUCUUCAAUACUACAUGGGUUUCCGACCGGUACUUCACCGGCGGUGCAAUUUCCGUUGUAUCGGAACCUCUUCGUUUUCAGCACCCACAAGAGAAAACCCUUCGUUAUUUCCCCAUUUCUUCCGGCAAGAAGAACUGUUAUGUGAUCCCCAAUUUGUCUUCCGGCAGGUACCAGCUCCGGACGUUUACUGUAUAUGAUAAUUACGACGGGAAGUCGCACUCGCCGUCGUUUGAUGUUUCCGUUGAGGGCAAUGUUGUCUUUCAAUGGAGGUCACCUUGGCAUGAAACUGUCUCACGCGCCGGCGCGUAUUCCGAUCUGUUUUUUACAGUUUCCGAUGAUGAAGCUAAUGUUUGUUUUUACAGUAUUGCCACUGAUUCACCAGUUAUAGCUUCUCUUGAAGUUACCCAAAUUGAUCCAGCUUCUUAUCUAGUUAAUGAUACUUCAAUUUUGGUGAAUUAUGGUAGAUUUUCUAGCGGGUCGGAUCAAUGGGGACCCGGUUUUAGCAAUGAUACUGACCGGUUCGGCCGGUCAUGGCAAUCGGAUUCCGAUUUCCGGUCUAAGGUUGCGGGGAGGAUCACCGGAGCAACUGUUAAAGCCAUUUCUGCUAUUAAAAAUGUGAUAAAUGUAGAUAGAGCACCAAAUUAUUUUCCUUUGAAAUUGUACCAAUCUGCAGUUACUGUAAUUGGUGAAGGGGGUGAAUUCUUGGAAUAUAAGUUACCGGUCGAUGCGAAAUUGGAUUACUUGUUAUGGUUUCAUUUUGCUGAAAUUGAUGUUAGUGUGAAUAAAGCAGGUAAAAGGGUGUUUGAUGUUAUAGUGAAUGAUGAGAAUGUGAGUAGAGUGGAUAUUUACAAGGAAGUUGGGAGUUUUGCAGCUUAUGAUUUCAACUAUGUUGUUAAGAAUUUGAGUAGUGCUGAGUUGAGUGUGAGGCUUGUGCCUGUUGUGGGUGCUCCUGUGAUUUGUGGGCUUGAGAAUUAUGCUGUUAUUCCAGCUGAUCUCAAGACUCUUCCUGCACAAGUUGUUGCUAUGAAAGCAUUGAAGGAAUCGCUUAAAGUUCCGGAUAGAAUGGGAUGGAAUGGUGACCCUUGUGCUCCUACUACUUGGGAUGCUUGGGAAGGUGUUACUUGUCGUUCCACUAAGAACGGAUCGCUUGUGAUAUCCCAAAUAGAUCUUGGAAGCCAAGGCUUAAAGGGAUUUAUCACCGACCAAAUUGGGCUCUUGUCUAAUUUGGUAAGCUUGAACUUAAGUUCUAAUUCUUUGGGAGGUUCUCUACCAUGGGGAUUGGGUCAGAAGUCUCUUGUGAAACUGGAUUUAUCAAAUAACAAAUUUACUGGACCCCUACCUGACAGUCUAGUUUCUUCGCCCUUGCAGAUUGUAUUUUUGAAUGGUAAUGCACUAGAAGGCCAAGUGCCCGAGGAACUUCUUUCCAUUGGGGUCCAUGGUGGAGCUAUUGACCUCUCUGGUAAUAAAGGGUUGUGUGGCGGACCUACUUUGCCUGAUUGUCCGCUAUUCUGGAGUAAAAAUGGUCUCUCCACUGCUGGUAAAGUUGCAAUUGGAAUAUCAUGUCUAGUAUUCAUUUGCAUGGUAUUGUUGGUGGCGUACAUUUGCUACAAGAGGAGGCAGAAUGAUUAUGACUUUGGUUUACCACACGAGAUGAUGUCAUUAGCUGCAAAGAGGAAUAGGUACCAACGACAAAAAUCGCUGAUGACUCUAGAAAUGGAGAGCCAACAUGCCAAAGGAUUUAUACCAACAUACAAUGCAACAUGACAUAGCUGGGACAGAAAAUGUGAAUUUUGAUGAAGUUCGACUUGCCAAAUAGAGACCAGAUAGAAGACCUUGAGAGAUUGUGUUCAAUACAAGGUAGUUGAGGGGAUAAACAAGAAAUUAUGUCCCUAAAAGGGUAUGUAGAAUUCAGAUAUGUUUUUGUAGAGUUCAAUGUAUUCCAAUUUGUUCAUGAAAAUCCACCAAACAAAUUAGGCAAAUGCCUCCCAUUGUAUCAUACCCAAUUUUGGGCAUUUGACAAACACAUACUAUAUGAUUUGUGUCUCAUAAACUUGUAAUGCACAGAGAAAUAGUGAACUUUUCUUUGUUUGAUUCCAUAAUUCA